CUUCCUUCCAUAUGCCUACAAAAAGACCUUGCUUGAAUUUACUUUACUCGUAAGCAAUACAUUAUUUUCCAGCUUUCCUCUGCGAGUGGUAUCAUGGCGACCUUUCAGGGUAUCUUGCUCAUCAUCCAAUUCUCAUUCGUAAUCAUCGGAGUACUGAUUGUAUCAACAACAGCAGCAGCACCUCAAGCGCUGCCUAACUGCCCUGACAAAUGUGGUAAUCUUACAGUUCCUUACCCAUUUGGCAUGGCGGAAGGUUGUUACCGAGGAAAUGCCUUCUUUGUCAAUUGUAGUCAAGCAACCGAUCCCCCAGUAGCAUAUUUGACCAAAAAUGGCACCGUCAUCAUUACCAACAUAUCCUUUGCUGCGGGAGAGUUGCAAAUAUCAACUUUUAUAGCUCGAGAUUGCUAUAGUUCCUCAGCUCUGAGAACCAGAAGGAACAGCCCUGUGCUACGGCUGCCUUCUCCUUACACCAUCUCUGAUACCAAAAACAAAUUCAUUGCCGUUGGUUGUGACACUUACGCAAUUUUCAAAGGAUUCCGGGGCACAGAACAGUCCAUAACUGGGUGCAUGUCAGUAUGUAACAGCCUAGAAAGCGUUGAUCAGAAUUCUUGCUCCGGGGUUGGGUGUUGCCAAACAAACAUUCCCAGUGGACUGCACAACCGUACUGUGACACUGGAUAGCUAUAGCAAUCAUUCAGGUAUUUGGGACUUUAACCCUUGCAGCUUUGCAUUCAUUGUUGAAGAGACACAGUUCAAGUUCUCCGGGAACACAAGUUUUCAACAACUGAACAGCACUACACGGCUUCCAAUGAUUCUUAAUUGGGCAAUUGGGGAUGAGCCAGACCCAUGUGAUGUAGCUCAAAAGAGGCAGGAUUUCGUAUGCAAGCAAAAUAGCAAGUGUGUGAAUCCCACAAAUAGGAAUGGUUACAUUUGCCAGUGCUUGGAAGGUUAUGAAGGGAACCCAUACCACCCAGAUGGGUGCCAAGAUAUUGAUGAGUGCAAGGAUCCAAAUCUCUGCAACCACGGAGAGUGCAAAAAUUUGGCGGGAAGUUACACUUGUUUGUGCUCAAAAGGAUACAAGCUCGACAGCAUGAAUGACAAGAGUUGCAUCAAAGAGAAUCCCAAAAAUAACUCAAAGAUGACUCUCCUGCUUAUUAUUUCAUUGAGCGUAAGUAUAGACUUAUUGGUUUUAUUUGUGGGGAUUUCGUGGAUAUGUUGCGGGAUAAAGAGAAGACAAUACACAAAACUCAAAGAAAAGUACUUCAAAGAGAAUGGUGGCUUAUUGUUACUACAACAACUUGCUAGUCAUGGAGGCACUGUGGAGACAACAAAAAUCUUUUCCACAGAAGAACUUGAGAAGGGAACAAACAAUUACCACGAAAGUAGAAUCCUUGGAGAAGGAGGCUAUGGAACAGUUUACAAAGGAAUACUACCAGAUGACAAAGUGGUGGCCAUAAAGAAGUCAAAAGGUGGUGCCCCAACCCAAAGUGAUCAGUUUGUUAACGAGGUGAUUGUUCUUUCUCAAAUAAACCACAGAAAUGUGGUGAAGCUACUAGGUUGUUGUUUAGAGACAGAAGUGCCUUUACUAGUAUAUGAGUUCAUCACCCAUGGAACUCUCUAUGAGCAUAUUCAUAAAAAAAGAUCAUCACUGUCAUUUGAAUUACGAAUGAAGAUAGCAGUUGAAACGGCAGAAGCACUAGCAUACUUACACUCCUCAACUUCAAAUCCAAUCAUACAUCGAGAUGUGAAAGCAGAAAAUAUACUCUUAGAUGAUGCUUAUACAGCAAAAGUAUCAGACUUUGGAGCUUCAAGAUUGAUUCCAUCAGGUCAAACUGAAAUACAGACUUUAGUGCUAGGGACAUUUGGUUACUUGGACCCUGAAUAUCUGCAAUCGAACCAACUAACAGAAAAGAGUGACGUCUACAGCUUUGGUGUUGUCCUAGUGGAGCUACUAACAAGCAAAAUGGCACUUUCUAAGGACAGUUGCUUAACAAGCAUCUUUCUUUCUUCCAUGGAUGAAGAUUGCUUGAAUCAAAUUCUUGAUGAUGACAUUGUGAACGAGGGAAACAUUGAGACAGUAAAGAAUGUGGCCAGUCUUGCAAAAAGAUGCUUGAGGGUAAAAGGGGAGGAAAGGCCUACCAUGAAAGAAGUAGCAAUGGAGCUAGAGGGAAUGAGGAUUACAGCAAAGCACCCAUGGGGAACUAAUGUUGGUUUCUGUCCAGAGGAAAAUGAGUACUUGCUUGGGUCACUUGAUUCAGAUGCUUAUGUUUUGGAUGUUAGAGGAGGUGGUGGUAGUUCUAGUGGUUUAACUACUGGUACAGGGUAUGACAGCAUGCAAAUACAAAUGCUAAUGCCUUAUGGUGAUGGACGAUAGUUGAUUGGCAUGUCGCUCAUUGUGUAUUUAUUCUGUAUUAUUUAGGAAUGGUUUUUUGAAUUAAAGCAGUCUCCAUACAAUAAAAUCAUAUGUAAGCACACUGUAAUGUGAAAUGUAAGUUAAUGUGACCCUGCGUUUUCAUUCCCUGGUUUUGUACUUGGUGCAAAAGCAAGAAGGCAUAUAUAGUAGUGUACACUAUAGGAAUUAAGAUUUCAAACAAACACCCUACAUCAAAAGAUUUCUUCCAUCUCAAGCCGGAAUUCAUAUGAAUCAGCAGAAUCAAGGCAAUGAACAUAGUGUUGUGUUUUUGGUUCAUUGAUACAAUCUGAAAAUUAGGAUGCAGAAUUCAAAUCCAAGUCUAGAAAGGAAAGAGGUUUGCGCGCAGCUUUUCUAUAAGUUCUAGGAAAGUUAGUCUU